CCUCACCCCGCCAGGGUUGCACCUGCUCCGAGGUCCAGACAUAAAGAACUUUACCACCCCCUCCCCCAGAAGACCCAGGCCCGCUUAGCAGCAGCUUGUGGGGGCUCAAGCUAUGCGUCGCAACAGUUCCAAGAGUGCACUAGUCCUGCCUGCAGGGGCUCGAGGUCCAGAUGACUCUUGUCAGAUGCUCACCAGAGCCCAGCUAGGACAGGAUCCCUCGCAAAGGACAGUGCUCGGGGUUCUAACUGAGAAUGAGCAGUACAGGAGAGCCUGUGGCCAGGAGAUCACAACCAUCAGAUGUUUCUCUGGAUCAGAGAAUGUCUUCCCUCCAGCUGGAAAGACACUGCUCGCUGACUGCGUGGUCCAUGAGCCAGGCAAACAGGGACUUGAUAUUUACAUGGAGGAGCCUGAACAGGGGGACAAAGACAGCUGCCCAGCGAGAGAGGCACUAGCAUUUGAGGAUGUGUAUGAAGUAGACACCAGCACGCUCAAAUCAGGCCUCCACUUCCUGCUGGAUUUCAACACAGUUUCCCCCAUGCUGGUAGACUCAUCUGUCCAUUCCCAGUCUGAAGCAGCAUCCGAUUUUGGCACAGAUGUGAUAAAUGUGACCGAGUAUGCUGAGGAAAUUCAUCAGUAUCUUAGAGAAGCUGAAAUGAGACACAGACCCAAGGCUCACUACAUGCGGAAGCAGCCCGACAUCACAGAGGGCAUGCGCACCAUCCUGGUGGACUGGCUCGUGGAGGUUGGCGAAGAAUACAAACUUCGCACAGAGACCCUGUACCUGGCUGUCAACUUCCUGGACAGAUUUCUUUCCUGCAUGUCAGUUCUGAGAGGGAAGCUGCAGCUCGUGGGGACAGCUGCUAUUCUUCUGGCUUCAAAAUAUGAAGAAAUAUAUCCACCUGAAGUGGACGAGUUUGUUUACAUAACUGACGAUACCUACACAAAAAGGCAACUGUUAAGGAUGGAACACCUGCUCCUGAAAGUCUUGGCUUUUGAUCUGACAGUGCCAACUACCAACCAGUUUCUUCUUCAGUACCUGAGGCGUCAUGGAGUGUGCCUCAGAACUGAGAACUUGGCCAAGUAUGUAGCAGAACUGAGUCUACUCGAAGCUGACCCUUUCUUGAAAUAUCUUCCUUCCCUGAUAGCUGCGGCAGCUUAUUGCCUGGCAAACUACAUUGUGAAUAGGCACUUCUGGCCAGAAACACUUGCUGCAUUUACAGGCUAUUCACUGAGUGAAAUUGUGCCUUGCCUGAGUGAGCUGCAUAGAGCAUGCCUCAAUAUACCCCAUCGGCCUCAGCAGGCCAUCAGGGAGAAGUAUAAAGCUCCCAAGUACCUGCAUGUGUCCCUCAUGGAGCCACCUGCAGUUCUUCCUUUGCAGUAGGUGGCAGAAGUGAAGCUCUUCUGGGACUCAGCUUUCAGACAGAAGACUUGCUCCUUCCUUGUGUUGGUUUCUGCAGUUUGUGUCACCUGAUGACAUGGAU